AUGGAUCCUCACCUCGACUCAAUGCUUAACGGCACAGUACAGGAAUAUUCAGCCACUUUCCUCAGCGCACUACAGGGCGACCGCGAUAAUUCAAGGAUUACGUCGUUUCUAGCUUCCUUAACCAGUUUCACUUCCAUUAUCCGAUCUCACCAUAAAACUCUACACGAAGAUACCUUGAAUGCUGUAUACACCUUUUUCUCUUUCAUCAAUUCGAUGACCUCAAGUAUUAUUGACCUGGAAAAAGAGAUCCGCGUAAUUGGUGGCGCCACUAUCACCGACCUCUCAAAAAUCAUAGAGGUUAAGAUGAGCAACCUUACUCUCGAGGAUCAUUCAACAACCCUACGAUCUGCUCCUAAAUCUCAUCCUGCGUACAUCAAGCCUUCAUAUGAAUGGCUAUUGAACAAUCUUCACAACCCUUAUCCAUCGAAGGAUGUUAAAAAGGAUAUUAUUCGUCAAACCAACUGCUCUUCAAAAGAUAUUGACGCUUGGUUUGUUGAUAUCAGAAAACGUAUCGGAUGGAACCAUCUACGCAAAACACGUUUCUCCAAUAAACAAGAGAAAAUUAUUGCUGCUGCCACCAGCAUAUUCAAACCGAAAUCUAAAUCCUUUCCCAGUGAUCCUAACACCAUAUUGUCAGAAAUGGACCCAACAGAUGCUUUUCGUGCCGAGUUCCUCGUAAUGGCACGUAAGGCGAAGUCCCUUUAUGCCAACAAAUUUCCCGAAUCUAUACCAGCAGAUUUGCUAGAUACUCACAACUUGCCUGUAAUUCCAGUUGACCGCGUAAAAAGUAAUCCUUCUCGGUCAUAUCCUACCCCAGAACCCUCUUCGCCUAGUCAUUCGCCGAGUCCGGUACCUGAUGAAGAGCUUGCAUCAGUUGUUCUUCCAGUCUCUUGUGUGACUGAAUCUCGAUCUCGAAAGCGUCGUUAUUCUACCUCCGAAAGUGAUUCAGAAAGUUAUCCGAAUGGCUCGUCCAAGAAAUCCAGGACGGACACAUGGCAUAUACCACAUAUAGCUACUGCAAGCUUACCUUCUCCUGCUAGUAGCAUUGAUCUAUCAGAAGACGCGUCCGAUGACAUCGCACCCUUGUAUACCUCUGCAACAAUCUCUCCCAGUCCAAAGCUAUUGGGUUUAACACACUCAAAGUGCGACUCUGAUAUAUCUGGGACAGAGGGAGAUCCCCAUAGUAAAGAACAGCCCAUUUCGGGGUUCCUUAUCGACGACGUGGUCGAGGAGUCUAUCGUUCACAAUCUGAAGCGCAAAAGACGCCUUUCCGACGGAGAAGGCAAAUGGCCUAACAAACGUGCACCUGGUGCCCUUCUUAUACCUCGCCUCCAAACUGUCUCCAACCCAUUACCCAUGACCAAUUCAUUUGCUGAUGAAUUAUCCGAAAUGUGGAACCAGGACGGCCCAAUUACUUCUUAUGAUUUUUGUUUAAUUCCUUCACCAGCGCAUUUGGAAAACAAUGUUUCAUUGGAUUGUCCUCUGGAAGUCUGUUACGGUCAAUAUGAUCUUCCUGAUCAAUCUCUUAUCGACCAGGAGGCCGAAGUCCCUUUGGCUAAUUUAGUACCUGCGCACCUCUCGGUUCCUUCCUACUACCCAGAGUCAUUGAAAAACUCUGAAUUUGAUGUUGCUAUUGGUUCUUACCCCUUGCCUGACACAAAUGAUUUAAUCCCCUUCUCCGACGAUGACCUUUUAUUUUCUAUUCAACAUAAUCCCAACAGUGUCAUAGAAAAUUCAUCUAUGGGUCCAGAUUGGUCUUCCUUGCUUCAGUCUGGUGACCCCUACCUUUUUGCAUCAUCGCUAAUUUCCGCCAAUACCAACACAUACGUCACAUCCCCUCAAAAUUGCCAAAGUUCAAAUGUUAUAAACGCCAAAAGAGCCAAAAUUAAAGCUCUUAACGAACAAAUUCGACAAUUGGAAGCAGAGUUAUAA